ACCUUCCCCUGUUCCUGAAACACCGAGCAAGACCCCCAACUAUGCGCCUGUUAUUCCGGUUCGGCAGCGUUAGUAGGCAGAGCCGCCGUGGCAAUUGCCACCUUCGCCACUAUAAGGCUCCUAAGCCAGCGGCUCCACCGACGCCUCCAAAGCCUCCAAAGAAGCCUCAGAAAUUUGAGUUCCAUGGGAUUACGUGGGAGGACCCGUACAGUUGGAUGUCUAAUCUUAAUGACAAGGUGGCCAUGCGCCAUAUGGACGUUUACAUGGAGCAGGAGGAGAAAUACACGGAGGCAGUUAUGUCUGAGACUGAGCGCCUCCAGAGUAAGCUCCAAUCAGAGAUGGCCGCCCGAAUGGCCUUUGAACUUUCUACUCCUCCACUUCGCUGGGGCCCUUGGUUGUAUUAUCGACGUGCUGAAGAAGGAAAGCAGUACCCUGUUCUGUGUAGAAGGUUGGCGAGCCUGAACGAGGAGUUUAUAUCAAAUAAAUCUCCUUCGGCAGGAUUCGAUUUUGCAUCAGGGAAGAGAAUUGAGCAGAAGCUCCUAGACUAUAAUCAAGAAGCAGAGAGAUUUGGCGGUUAUGCUUACGAAGAAUUGUCGGAAAUUUCACCCAACCAUCAGUUUCUUGCGUACACUAUGUAUGAUAAAGAAAAUGACUGCUUUAAGCUGUCUGUGAGAAAUUUAAAUUCUGGUUCGUUAUGUAGCAAGCCUCAGGCAGAUCGGGUUUCGAAUUUGGCAUGGGCAAAAGAUGGGCAAGGAUUGCUUUAUGUUGUAACAGAUCACAUGAAGAGACCCUACCGGAUCUACUGCAGUAUGAUUGGAUCAACUGAUGAGGAUGUACUGCUUCUGGAAGAAUGUGAUGAAGGCGUUCACAUUAAUAUAAGACACACAAAAGAUUUCCGUUUUGUGACUGUAAAUACGUUCUCUAUAAUGUCUUCAAAGGUCUUUCUGAUAAAUGCAGCUGAUCCUUUGUCGGGCAUGACAUUAGUCUGGGAGUGUGAUGCUCUAGCUCACUGCAUAGUAGAGCAUCAUCAAGGUUUCCUUUAUUUAUUUACAGAUGCUCCAAAAGGUGGCAAAUCAGCCGAUAGUCAUUAUCUUCUUCGCAGUGCAGUGAAUGAUUUUUCAAAUCCAAGAAAAUGGGAGGAAGUAUUUGUUAAUGACCAAAAUUUGAUUGUGGAGGAUGUCGAUUUUUGUGAUAAAUACUUAGUGCUCAUUACAAGGGAAGGGCGAAAGUUUCAGCUUUGUUCUGUUACACUGCCGCUACCCUCUGGGAAGGGGACUAUUAAACUGAGGGAGCUGGACCUACAGUAUUUGCCUCUUCCAAAACAUGUUUGUCAAAUUUCACCUGGACCUAAUUAUGACUACUUCUCAUCAGUGAUGCGCUUUAUAAUAUCAUCACCUGUGAUGCCUGAUGCUGUGGUUGAUUAUGACCUGACAACUGGUUGUUGGACCAUCAUUCAACAGCAAAAUCUGCUUCGGGAAAGAACACAAGUACUGUAUGGUACAAGUUCUGCAAGUAUAAGCCGGGACACCUCAUACCCCAAGUGUUCCAAUUCUUUGAAUGCCGAUGUUCAAGAUGACCUUUUAUGGAAUAGUCUUUCUGAGUUCUAUGCUUGUGAACAAUAUGAUGUUCCUUCAUUUGAUGGGGUCAUGGUUCCUUUGACUAUUGUUUUUGCACAUGACAGUAAGAACAAGAAUAAAAGGCCCGGGUUACUGCAUGGACACGGAGCUUAUGGCGAGUUGCUUGAUAAACGGUGGCAUGGUGAACUGAAAAGCCUCUUGGAUCGUGGUUGGGUCAUUGCUUAUGCUGAUGUUAGAGGUGGUGGUGGUUGUGGUAAGGAAUGGCAUCAUGAUGGCAGACGUACAAAGAAACAUAAUUCGAUCAAUGAUUACAUGUCUUGUGCCAAGUUCCUGAUUGAAAGAGAUAUUGUGGAUGAAGAUAAACUGGCAGGUUGGGGAUAUAGUGCUGGAGGCCUUUUGGUUGCUUCAGCCAUCAACCGUUGCCCAGAUUUAUUUCGUGCUGCUAUCUUGAAGGUACCAUUUUUAGAUCCCACCAACACUCUUCUAUAUCCUAUCUUACCACUUCUACCUGUUGACUAUGAAGAGUUUGGCUACCCCGGGGACCUUGAUGAUUUUCUUGCUAUUCGGGAUUAUUCUCCUUAUGACAAUAUUCAGAAGGAUGCUCUCUAUCCACCUGUAUUAGUGACCUCUUCUUUCAAUACACGAUUCGGUGUGUGGGAAGCAGCGAAGUGGGUUGCACGAGUCCGUGAUCUUGCCAUUUAUGACCCAAAAAGACCAAUACUGUUAAAUUUGACCGCAGAUAUAGUAGAGGAAAACCGUUAUCUGCAGAGCAAGGAGUCAGCAUUAGAAGCUGCGUUUCUAAUUAAGAUGAUGGAAUCCUAGAUAUGCCCAUUGAUCAUCACCACGUAGUGUUCACUGGAUAUGAGAAUGAAUACGUGAAUUAUUUGCUUAUCUAUUGCGCAUGAAUUAGGCAUCCGAUUGCAGCUUUCUUAGGGGUUCUGUGAUCAUGUCUUCAUUAACUGUAAAUAAUAUUUAGCAUUGUGCAAAUUCAGUUUUGAUA